AUGUCCGGCGGCAACAUCGCCAUGAACCGCGACCCCGUCCCACCCUCUUUCGAUCCUCCUAACACACCUUAUCCUCCUGGCCCGCCCCCAGCAGCUACAGAACACAACGCUGCGGAUGGCACCUCGAAUGAACAGAUCUUCCCCUACCAUGACGCAUCACCUCCCCGGCCUACCCACCGCGCACACCCUCGGUCCGUUCCCCCACCGAUGAUGGGAGGCAUGGGAAUAGGCAUGGGGAUGGGAAUGCCCAUGCCGUUCGGUCCAAUGAUGGGCAUGGGCAUGGGUUUCGGAGGCGUUCAAUCCGCAGGUCCUCUCGCGCCGCCGCGCAUGCCGUGGAACACACCCGGUCUCCUGGGCAAUCCCUCGACGCAGUACGGCGCCUGUGUCCCCGGCAUGCCGUGGCUGGGCUUCGAGCGUAACAUGGACGGGCCGCCUGCGCCGCCUGAUAUCGCAGGCUGCGUGCCUCCUUUUGCGCCUGGGGCGCCGCUGUGGGCUGGGGGUGGGAUCCCAGGACUAGGCGUGAUGGGGCUUGGAGGCAUGGGUAUGGGCAUGGGCAUGGGCAUGGGCAUGAUGGGAGGUAUGGGUAACGGUAUGGGCUUCUGGCCCGGCAUGCACCGCCCCGCCCCGGGCAUCAUAACCGAAGCCACCGCCGAACCACAGCCUCCCCAAGGCGACAUCACCUCUCUCCCGGGCGGCGUACCCCCGGGCGUAACGAUGGUCGAGUCCGACAACCACACCAUCGUGCAUGUUCUCAAGGGCCCGGUGUUCCCCUGGCUGAACCACGGGAUGCCGAUGGAGGUCGAGAUGCUGUAUGUUUCGUGCAGCACGAGCGUUAACAGGUUGAUUGAAGUGUGUAAUGAUAAUCAGGAGUGCGAGGGGUACGGGCUGAGCGAGGUGCAUGAGAUGGUGAAUGGGCAGUGGGAGAAGGGGCAGACGUUUGUGUAUGGGGAGCCGAUGAGUAUGGUGUUGACGUUGGGGAUGCGGGGUGGAAUAAGGAGAGGAAUAGGCCGGGGGAGGAGCUUGCAUGUUUAUUUUCAUAGGGUGUAG